UUUUAUGUGCUCCUUAUAACGACUGUGAACGGCGGUGGAGGCGGUGUCCAUAUCCCUCGAUCCGGUUACUUGCUUUCCUCCGCCGUUCCUCCGCAUUUAAACGUGACGGCUCGCUCCUCCUUCCCUUAUUGUUAUUGUCGUAUAGCUAAAGGCGACGCUUCUUCUUCCUUCAUCGCCUAUCGGUAGAUUGUUAUAGUGCUUCUGUUACGCUCGCACGAGACUGAUGGCGGCAGAGGAGGGGUCCGGUGUACCGCCGAGCCCGCGGCCUCGGUCGCCGCCCCGGUAUCCUGACCUCUGCGGGCGCCACCGGUUGCAGGCGGAGGUCCAGCUGCUGAGCCGAGAGAUCAGCUUUCUCGAGGAUGAGUUACAGUCAGUUGAAGGACUCCAACCAGUCUCUGCAUGCUGCAAAGAAAUUGAUGACUAUGUAGGGGCAAAUCCAGAUCCCUUAAUCCCAAUAUUUAAGAAGAGAAACAAACACCGCUGCAUUUGGAGGUGGCUUCGAGCAAUGGUUUGCUGCAACCCAACAAGGACUUGCUGCUCAGGUGAUCAGUCGUGCCGGCGGAAAAGACCAAGUUGCACCUGUAAACAGAAUUGGUCCUGCCCCUCAUGUUGUGCAUGCACACAAAGAAAUUGCUGCAAGGUUCCCUGCUCCAGAUUACAUUGUGCCGUCCCAACUCUCUCGUGUCCUGGAUAUUCCUGUGGAUGUGUUUGCUCUUGCUCCUUUGGAAGAAAAGUGUGCCUUUGCCCCAGAUGUUUGUGUUGUAUCAGCUGAUGAAUAUGUGAAUAGAUUAAUUUGAUGCUCUUCUCUCAAGAUUUCUUUUACAUGGGUGUUUUUUCGCCUUUUUGGAAUAUUAAUAAUUGUUGUCAUCACAGAAUGAUGGUGUAGUAGCCACUGUCAUUCCCAUAACAAAAAGUACUGAGUUCAUUUUGUUGCCAGAUUCACAUGAUGGUUUCA